AUGGCUUCGUUACAAGGUCCUGUUAUUUGCCCUGUGGUCCACGCUAGACAAAGCCAAGUGCACUCUGUGCCUCUCGACUCACCCUUGCUGAAAGCUAAGUUUGUUAGAAAUGGAUUAUGGGGUCUUAAACGGCUCAAUGUAGGCCACACUGAUCAUGUGGGUUACCGAAAAAACUCGAGGAAAUGCAAUAUGAUUCGAAAUAGCUUCAGCUCGUCAUCAGAUGGUAAUGGCAGCAUGGCUGAAAAUUCCAACGAGAAUGAUUCAGAUUACGUGAACUCAAGCGUAGUUGAAGCAGUUGAGGUGAAAAGUGGGCCGGAAGGCUUCGUGAUCAAGAUGAGAGAUGGUAAGUAUUUGAGAUGUUCCCAUAAUAACCCUCUAGGAGGUCGUCUACCGGAUUAUGCUCCUCACCCUGCUAUUGUCUUGAAGAUGGAAGAUGGGUCCGGGCUUCUUUUGCCAAUAAUUGUUUUGGAGAUGCCGAGCGUGCUUCUUAUGGCAGCUCUACGCAAUGUCCAAAUCGCUAGACCAACAAUGUAUCAAGUGGUGAAUGAUAUGGUUGAGAAGAUGGGAUACACGGUUAAACUCGUACGAGUCACCAAAAGAGUACAAGAGGCUUAUUUUGCUGAGUUGCACCUUACGAAGUUGGAUAAUGAAGCAGAGAGCAUAUGCUUGGAUCUUCGACCCUCGGAUGCUAUUAAUAUUGCAGUGAGAUGCAAGGUGCCAAUACAAGUGAACAAGUUCCUGGCAUACAGUGAUGGUAUGACGGUUAUUGAAUCUCCAAAUGCGACAACUAACAGAAUCUCGUCUGAUGGCCUGUUGUUUGCUGAACUGGACAGGCCUACAGGGCAGCCGUGCAUUCAGACAAAGGAAUUCAACUUAGUGCGUAACAUGCUAAUUGCUGCUGUUGAAGAACGAUACCGGGAUGCAGCAUUGUGGAGGGACAAACUCACUCAGCUUCGAUCCCAGAGGAACUGGGCAUGA